ACAAGAAGUGGUGUGACGCCAUGUCGCUGUCUGGACUGACGUGACAAGACCAGGAUGAGACACAAUGCACAGCGAGACGAAUGCAGAGCCCAGGGCAUGCGGUGUCGUCGUCUGUUUCUUCGUCCUACUUCUCGUCGAUUGCGCAGGAGCAUCUAAAAGACAGAAGAAGAGAAGACCACAGGAGCAGCUGGCCUCGCUCUUCCCAGGUCGAGACUUUGACCGCGUUCCGUUACAAAACACUCCCACGUCCCUCUCUCACAUCGCAGUGCCGCCUGGCGCGAGACCAAGACUGCACGCGCCCGUCCACAGAGUCACUGGCCUGAAUGAACACAUGCUCACAAGGCCUCCAGUGGACACGACUGCAGGACAGAACUUUCUGCCUGAGGCAUUAGGUCCCUUCAUGGACGAUGACUAUGCAGCGACUGCUCGGUUUGACAAGAAAGGCAGCAGAAAGGAGGUGUAUGAUGAAGUGGACGAAGGGUGGAUAAAGGCUGUGAUGGACAAACAAGAGAAAUCGAACGAAGAGGAGGUAGAUUUAUCAGUCUUUGCAAAGAACAUCGCUAGGGAGCUGGGACAGCAGGAGAUGUUGUUGAAAAAGAUCGAGGGGUUAGCUUCCGGGAUAGAACUUGCGCUGAAUAAGGAGAAGAAGCUUCCAGAAAACGAGAUCUCGGUAGAAAGUUACAAGGGACACGAUUUAGAACCCAUGGACAGCGAUUUCCUAGAAGAAGGUGACGGAGAACGUCACUUUGAGGAAGAUAUAGAAGAUAUGAAAAUCAAAGAAAUGUUGAAAGGAAUUAUAGAAGACAAUGAAAAGGAACCGUACACAGAACAGAAUGUGAAAGGUCUCCUGGUUGAGGUUAUGAAAACAAGUGGCGGAAAACCAAAGUUUAAGAUGAAGACUGGUGACCUCAUAAAGAAGUUCGUUAAAGGAAGAGACGGUAAAAGCGCUGUUUUAAACACUUCGGAGACACGCAACGUGACCACCGACUUAAACUCGAAGGAAAUUGUCAAGAUCUUGGGAAAAGUCAAUGAAAAACCUGAUUUACAGGACCAGGGGGGAGCACUCUUAAUUAAGAUCACGGAAGAAAAUGUCAAGCAGGGCGAUGACAAGCUCACGGGUAGACAAGACGAGGAAGGGACGCGGAAUGAAUCCUCUAGUUUGCAGACACAAAAGGGCAGAGAACCUACGAUCUCGAUAAAAGUCGAGGACAUCCCUGAAGACACACUCGGGGAGACUGGGCUUCAUCAAAAUGUGGUGCACGGACACGUAGAGGAAAAGUCAAUGAAAAACGCGGUAGACAGUCAGUUACCCAGAAGACCGGAAGAUGACAAUGGAACUGAGCUGGAGGUGUUGCCUCCACCUCCUCUAACGAUGGAGGCGCCUGUCGCCUGGUCUAAGUCCGAGGACUCGAGUGCGACUGCUGUCCUGCCAAGUGUGGAGAGAAGACUUAACCUUCCUGAGAUUGUGAAGGAGGCCAAAACGCAAAACGAACCCAGGUACUCCGAUUUAAAACAGACGGGCCCUGGCGAUGAGAGGAACGGUCAAAGGGAGAUAAUACAGACGAAAGACAGCACUGAAGAGAAAGAAGGAGUAGCUUCCCCUGCACCAGAAAACUCUGACGGAAUUAAUGUGGCGAAAGAUGAUGCAGAGGCACCAGCAUCACCUGUAUCAACAACAAAACUAGAAACAGAAUCAAAAGACCUAGCAACAGAAGCGAAAGUAGAUUCGAAGGGAUCUUACUUCUCCGACAUCGCCAGCAUCUUCCGCGUCUUUUCCCAGGAAGGCUCGACAGACGCCGUGACGUACGCAAUAAUGAUGGCGGCUGCUAUGGCGUCACUGAUGCUCGUUAUUUGCUGCUUGAUGCUGACGUGUCAAAUGAGAUGCUGCAAAAGGAACCUUCUGCUCCUGCCUGCUCUCUCCUUAUCGCUCGCCCAGCUCUACAGGAGCCCCUCUUGCCCUCCAGCGGUGGCCAGCACAUGGCAGUGAUGAGGAGCACGGAGGACAGUUUGGCCAGGCUCGACACCGACCCUCCGCUCUACAUCCACUUUUCUCCCGUGCGCAAGAGCGGACGACCGGGACAGCACUUUCUCCUCUGUGUCAUGGACGAGUCCAACGUGUCUGUUACGCAAGGGGGUGACAGCUCUGAAGAAGAGGUGUUCAACGUGUCUAAAAUACAGAAGGCUGACACCAAGGGACCCUGGCCAAAGUACCCUGGAGCAAGCAGGGCACACCGUACUGAUAGGUGUAGCAGACGACAUUGCCAAGCAAUCCAACAGAAUUGAAGAGAACGGGAACAGUUUUAAUAAAAAAGGAGGAUGAAUGAAAGAUAAAUAAUGAAUGAAAUGAAAAUAAGAAUGAAUGAAUGAUGAUGAAAAGUUUUGAGAAGGAAAGAACCCUCCCCCGGAAAGUAUCAAAGUAUGAAUGAAUGAAAGAGAAAGAGAAACAGAUGAAGAGGUUGGAAUCAAACUAGCCAACAGCUGCCCCAGAGGUUGUGUCUCACAUUGUUAGUGAAUAAUGACAGAAGGCAAGAACUUUGCCACUUAAAGGUACAGGGAUUUUUUUUAUUUUUCUAACGUGACUUGUUGUGAGACUGGAAGAUUUAUUUUGUAGACUCUUAUGUGACCACCGCACAUUUACUUAUUGUUAUUCGCUUUGCUAUUUGUGAUGACGUGGCACACCGUUUGUACAGCAUGCUGGUAAUUAUUGCACUUAAACUCGAACUUGGACGUUU